GGUUGAUUGUGUUAAUGGCGAGCGAAACUGUGUACUUUCGAGCGUGAUUGCCGCUGGCAUUUUGUAGGGAGAAGACGGCUGCCCUGUGAUAAGAACUGUACGGAUUACCUUAAACAUGACUGACAAAGAUGGAUACGUCGAAAAUGUUGGUUUUCUGUACCGCACUAUGGUGGAAAGAGAUCCCAGCAAGCGGAGAGUGAAGCCUGUCGAAAAUCACCUGCAACUGCUCGAUUUUGCCGACUAUGGUGACAGUUCUGAUGACAGCGACUUUCAAAUAGAUGAUCACGAGAAAGACCUGGAAUCUGAUGAUCAAGGUGAUUCGUCGGAAAAUGUUGACGAUGACGAUGAGUCUUCUGGAACAGCUUCGGAAGAGGAAGAGAAAUUUUCUCCUGCUGAGGUGGCCAACGGUGUUGCCGAGCCUAAUGAAACUAAGAAAGUCCCCAAGCUUAUCGUCGGUGACCUCAUUGAGAGGGCAAGGCAAAGGCAAAGUCAAGCACGACAGCGAAUAUCUGGCGAAGGCGAAUCUUCCCUGAAGCUGAAAAUCACUAUCUGUGCUGUCUGCCUUGGUGAUAUAAGCAUAGAAGACGAUGAAAUUGUCGAGUGCGAUUGCUGUGGUGUGUCUGUUCAUGAAGGAUGCUACGGUAUUACGGACAGCGACUCGGUCAUGAGCACGGGCUCCUCCAGUUCGACAGAGCCGUGGUUUUGUGAUGCUUGCCGAGCUGGGCAGAAAGAGCCUAUUUGUGAACUCUGCCCGAACAGUGGAGGCAUAUUCAAAGAAACGGACGUUGGCAAGUGGGUGCACCUGGUUUGUGCAUUGUACAUCCCAGGGGUAGCCUUUGGCAAUGUGGAGAAGCUCACUCCUGUGACUCUGUUCGAGAUGCCCUACUCACGAUGGGGCGCCAAGUCAUGUGUGCUGUGUGAAGACGAGCGCCUCAGCCGCACUGGAGUGUGCAUCACGUGCGAUGCCGGCAUGUGCAAAGCGUCGUUCCAUGUGACCUGUGCCCAGAGGGAAGGCUUGCUUUCCGAAGCUUCAAUGGAGGAGAUUGCAGAUCCUUUCUUCGCCUACUGCAAGCUGCAUGCUGACAAGAUGAUUGUUCGAAGCAAACGAAGGAACUGGCUUGCGCUGCAGUCACGCAACAGGAAUCAAGCCGCUGGACCUCAAGAUGCUAGGGAGAAGGCACGUGUGGAACGCAAGCUGGCGUGGCAUCGCGAGCGCUACCAACGCCAUCGCGCCGAACGGCCCCCACCUUGGGUGCCGACACAGAAGAUGGCGCGCCUGCUGACGAGCAGUCCGUGGGCAUGCCGACAGCUGUUGCGCAAGGCCCAGCUCAUGGGCGUGUCGCAGCCGGGUCACCUGGCAGCCGAAGGGGUGGCGGAUGCCCGCCGCAAGUGGCAUGUGCCGCCCGCCUUCAGCCUCGAGUUUGUCAGUUACUACCUGGAUCGCGACAUUCGUAUGUCAACCAUGAGGCGGCACUUGGACGAGCUUUUGCAGCAGAACUCGGAGCUUCAAGACCAGGAGCAGGGGCUCAGGCGAAAGUAUGACCAGGCGAUUGUCCAACUGGAGGAGUUGAAGAAGGAGCACAAUCACAUGCACGAGCUAGGCGUGCAGUACUGGAAGAUGCUGUGUGACAUAACCAACAAGAAGCUUCCUAUGCCAGAAGUACUUGAAGUUAGGAAGCCAGCAGCCAAGCCAGCCAGCCGAACUAGCCGGAGGUCCGAUUCCGGGUCAUCAUUCCUUUUUGAAUGCGGUGUUUGCAAGAAAUCUCAGGACCAGCAUCAGCUUGCCAAGUGCGACAAGUGCCAGCUACACUACCACCUCUACUGCCUUGACCCACCACUCACCAGGAUGCCAAAGAAGACCAAGUCAAUGGGAUGGCAGUGUAGCGGAUGCAACAAGAACUCUGAUGAGGACAAGGAGAGGCAUUGCGACCCCAAUGCACCACGGCGUUUGCGAGAUCAGCCCCGUGGCACACUCCGCUAUGAGGACUUCCCGUUCAUUGAGAGCCCCAGAAAGUUGCAGCCCAGUCGUCUGAGCCGUCGUGUGCGACAGUCACAAACCUGCAUUGUGCCAGACUCUCCCAAGGCCACCACUCCCACAUUAGCGAACCCCGUUGCGGCUGCUGCUGCUGCCCUCACCCCCACGGUUACCGUCCCUAGUACUUCCACCACAACGGUGGCAACUCCCGCUACACAAAUCCCGGCAGCUGUUGGUGACGAGUCAUUGGCAAAUUCAACAGAGCCUUCAGACGUGGUCUCCCAGAGCUCCGUUAUGAAGCGGCAGCGAAGCUCGACGGGUCCAGGGAAGCGCCCUCGCCGUCGCCUGGCCCCCGAAAUGCAGGCGUACCGCAAAGCAAAGCGAGUCAAACGCAAGUCCGCACCUGCGGUCGUGGCACCAGUGCCACCUGUGACAACACCUGCUCCACCUGCUCCUCCGGUUCCAAAAAGCGAACCCUCCACACCGUACAUCGAGGCCGUCCCUGGUGUGUCUGGGAUUCGCAUGCCGGUGAAGAGAACUCCGCUGGACAAAGACUUGAGGGUGGAAUGCAAACGGUGUGGCAACCCGGGCGACUGCACAAAUCUUGUUGUCUGUGAUGAGUGCAAGAAAGGAUACCACUUCCUCUGCCUGUAUCCGCCCGUGCGGAAGAGCCCGAAGCAGCGCGGUUACACCUGGAACUGUGAAGAGUGCAACUCAUCGUAGGAGCAGCGACGCAUGCACCUUUAAGCGCUGCAAGAACACAGAUGAAGAGGAUUCGAGAAAAAGAAGAAUUCUGGCCAGUCACUUCGGAUAUUAGAAUUAUUCCUUACCUCCACCUGGCCAUUUUUUUUUUUUCUUUCUGUCACAGCCAACUGACUUCUUCUUCAUGACUCAUACCCGCGUCACCAUCUGUCUCGUUCUUCUGUAUCUUUGUCACAAGAUGUGUCUGAUAAGUCUGAAUAAAUUGUGUGCGAGUGAAGAAAAAAAAAGAAAAACAAAAAUGA